UUUUCAGUUUCUUCGAUCUUGUUGUGAGGAGUAUAUAUAUUAAACAUGGCAAGGUUUGAAUUUACUCAAAAAAAAAAAAAAAAUAAUAAUAAUAAUAAUAAUAAUAAUAAUAAUAAUAAUUUACUCACCGUUAGAGACUCACCCAACAUAAGUCAGGUGGACUAUACGAAUUGGAUUCGAAGUCGGGACUAUACAAAUCCGAUGACCUUCUGAUUUUUUUAUUUUUUUAUCAACCGUUAUGGAAACAAAACCCCAAUUAUAUUUUAUUGACCAUUAUACAACAAGUGUAAAUGACAAAGAAAACUUAUACUACCUUUAUUUUAUAUUAUUUAUAAUAAUUAGACAUUUUGUAAUUACACUUAAUGUAAAAUAAUCGUUGUAAAUAAUAUAAAAUGGAGGUAGUAUUUUAAGAUCGACGAAGCCAACGUCUCAAAAUUGGAAGCACACGGGUAACAACAAAAAAGCUACACCAAUUAAACUUUUGACUCAUAUAUACUACUAGUCAACUUAAAUUUCUUUGUGCGCACUACAAGUUUUUAACAAAUUAUAAAUUAUAAAUACAUAAAAAAACAAGGCUCAACCAACCCCAAGAAAACAAAGUGACUAAAAAUGAAUAACCAAAAUCCUCAAGUGGUAGUAGUAAUGGUACCUCUUCCCAUCCAAGGCCAUCUCAACCAACUCCUCCACCUCUCCCACCUCAUCACCUCUUACGGAAUCCCAGUCCAUUAUGCGGGCUCCUCCAUCCAUAACCACCAAGCUAAGCUUCGUCUAAAUGGUUGGGACACACAAAACUUAACAAAAAUUAACUUCCAUGAUUUCGAACUUCCUCCUUAUGAUUCACCUCCUCCAAAUGCCGACCUCUUAGUCCCUUUUCCCCAACACUUCCAACCCCUAUUAGAGGCUUCCAUGCAUCUUCGACAACCCGUGUCAAACCUCUUGCAACAACUCUCGGUCAAGUAUAACCGAGUCGUAGUCAUCCAUGACAUUCUUAUGGCUUAUGUUGUCCAAGAUAUUAAGCUCAUUUCGAAUGGUGAAACAUACAACUUCAUUCCUACAUCCGCGUUUACCUUUUUCGCCGAUGCAUGGAGUAGCAUACCCGAGAAAGAUAGGCCAUUUCAGUUGGAUUCAAAUGAUAUCCUUGAAGGUAUCCCGGCUAUAGAUGGGUGUCAUACUCAAGCUAUGACGGAGUUUGCACUCAAUCAAGUGAAACUUCUCGGGUUCGAGUCAGGUUGGAUCUACAACACCUCAAGAGUCAUAGACGGUAGAUAUGUUCAAUUGUUGGAGAGGCUAUCUCUAACAACACCGCAUAUAAAAUACUUUGCCUUAGGACCUUUUCAUCCGGUUGUUAUCAAAAGCGAAAGUGGCGAAAAUAAACAUCAUUGCCUUAAAUGGUUAGACGUGCAAGAGAAGGGUUCGGUGAUAUACGUGUCCUUCGGGUCAACAACAUCAUUGACUGAUGAUCAGAUUGAAGAGUUGGCAAACGGGUUGGAAAGAUGUGGGGAGAAGUUUAUUUGGGUGCUCCGAAAAGAAGAUUCGAACAACGUCUUUGUAGAUGCUGAUAAAAAGAAAAAACCUCAACUUCCUGAAGGUUAUGAUGAAAGAGUAAAAGAUAGAGGAAUAGUAGUUAAAGAUUGGGCGCCGCAGCUAGAAAUCUUGGCUCAUCCAUCAGUUGGCGGGUUCAUGAGUCAUUGUGGGUGGAAUUCGUGUAUGGAAAGUAUAAGUAUGGGUGUGCCAAUUCUAGCCUGGCCUAUGCAUUCUGAUCAACCAAAGAACGCGUUUUUGGUUAGCAAUGUUAUAAGGACUGGCACAAGCCCAGGUCCGCCACUGGUGAGAGAUUGGGAACAUCGCGGUGAGAUUGUAAAGUCAAGUACGAUAGAGAAUGUGGUGAAAAUAUUGAUGGCAUCACAAGAAGGAAAGAAGAUAAAGAAUAGAGCUGCAAAAUUAGGCGAUGAUGUUAGAAGAUCAGUUGCGGAAGGUGGUGUUUCUGGUUUAGAAAGAGAUGCUUUCAUUGCUCAUAUCUCUAGAUAAUGCUACCUUUGAGUUGUUUUCUUACUUAGUGACAUUUGGAUCGGGUUUGAUUUUUUUAUUUUUUUUCCUUAAUUAGUGUACACCUUCGAAAAUUGCUAGAU